GCUGAAUGACAUUCCAUGGCCAAUGAAGACUGCUCGGUGCCCAGUGUGGGUCGUGUGUCUGCUGGGAGAGUCGUCCAUCGCUCACCACCACCCACAAGUGCGUCCAUACACUGUGUCAAUCGGCCACAUUAGCCAUUCUUCCACACCCACACGCCAUCGCAUGAUCGUUCUCUCUCCAUCAUGGCCUCGCUUUUCGGCUUAUUGGUGUCUCUUCUCUGCAUCCAUCUGCACAAGCCUCACACGCCGCGCCCCCAGUGCGGCUGGCCAUAAGAUGGCACCACUACGGGCACGCCAUGGGGAUACACAAAGGGCGGCGCCUUCGAUGCCGGAAGGGCAGCUGCAGCAAGCAAAGGAGACACAGCACAUCUGGUUAGCAUCGAUCGGUCAGUGAGUGUCUCUCAAUUACUGCUCACCAAAGUGAUGUCGCGUGUCCGCCAUGGGCAUGUGCAUCACAGUCGUCCCCCGCUGAGCACCGACUCUUUCGUGAGGCGGUGCGUUGGCCAUCAUCGGGCCGCCGUGCAGCGGCUGGACCCUCAGCGUGGCACCGAAGGCAUUGAAUGCCUGAGGCGGCGGCAGAGGCGAAGGGCAGCCAAAUGGCUGUGUGUGGGCUGUCUUCGGCGGAGUCUUCUUCUGUGUCUCGGCAGCUCCACCCGUCACCCCGCUGCGUUGAGCAGCCGGCAGAUUGGGCGGCGCCCGGGCAGCGAAGGGAUUGCUCGGACUGAUAGGCUUCCUUCCCUUGGCCUCGUCAGACGGCGCCUCCCUGUCUUGAGCUUUCUUGGCCACUGCCGCUCUCACGGGCGGUCCGCGCCCCAAAGGCACGCCAACGGCAACACCAUUCCCGCCGCCAGAGGCCCUCGUCUCCUCUUCCCUCUUCGCUCCCGCCGUCAUGGUGCGGCACAUUUUGCCCCCUGUUUGAUGAGUCUUGGCCUUGAUCCGCUCUGGCUGCUCUCUCGAUGGCCCAACUGGAGCCUUCGCCUUAGCUGGUCGCACCACGGGCCUUGUUCCACCUUGGAAAAGGCGCAAAUUGAAUGACGGCGCUGCAGACGGGGAGAGACAUGGAGACACGUGUGCAGGUCAAAAUGGAUGCAUUCUCGUCGAGGCUCUUACCUCUCUGCUUCUGUGGACCCUCUAACACCUUCGCCUGGACACCAACCGACCGCAUUUCGACGUUCCCGUUCUCCCCCUCCCCAGACGCCUCCAGCCUGUCGAUUUUCUCCAUAGCGCUGCGAAUCGCCUCUUGCUGUCUGGAGAUGAUGUCCAUCGCCUCCUCGCGGAAGGCAUUGGCCUCGGCGUUGUGGCACCUGGCUUCUUCCUUGGUCUUCUCACAUUCCUGCACGAGCGAAGGAAGACACAGAACCACAGAUGGACGCACCAUUGGCAUGGGGCUCUUCGCCUGACCUCCAUCAUGGUGUGUGCCGCAGCAGUGAUGCUCUGCAGCUGCUGCCUCAGCUGCGAGAUGAUGGCGUCCUUGUCUUCGAUUUGCAUCAUCAGACGGGCGAUCUGUCCUCCGCACUCAGCGCUCCCUGGCUGGCCGGCGAGGCUCGUUGGCUCGCUCGUUGGCGGCGGCACGUUGGGGUGACGGCGGACGUGCGGCGCCGCGGAUGUGACUUUCCCGGCCACUGUCGACAUCCUUGUCACUGUCACAGUGUCUGGUGGCUGUGCUGAUGGCGUUCCAGUGUGUGAGUUUCGGGGGCUAUCUGGG